UCCUCUCUUCUGUAUAGCAGGUAAAAAGCUAUCGCCAGUUCUCUUGACUCUCCGCCAUUGUUAGCUCUUGCUCUUCUUCUUCGAGCUUCAGAAGCCCGCCUAGACUAAUCCCAGACGAGAAGAAGAAGAUAAAAUAUUGAGCUUCAAUGGCUUCCGUUCUUAACACAGCAUCUUCCAUUAGGCUGUCCCGCCCCAACACCAUCAGGUCUCAAAGCCAACAGGCUAUGGCACCACUUUCCGUUUCUUUCGCCAGGCGAAGGCUCAUGGUCAGAGCGGCAGAGACAGAUACCAAUGAAGCAGUUCAAUCUCAGGCACCUGAUAAAGCCCCAGCGAAGAAUGGUUCCAACUUCAACCAACUUCUCGGCAUAAAGGGAGCUGCCCUAGAAACCAAUAAGUGGAAGAUUCGCCUUCAAUUGACGAAGCCUGUUACUUGGCCUCCAUUGGUUUGGGGAGUAGUUUGUGGAGCUGCAGCUUCUGGAAACUUCCACUGGACUUUUGAGGAUGUGGCAAAAUCAAUAGUUUGCAUGAUAAUGUCUGGCCCUUGUCUUACUGGAUAUACACAGACGAUAAACGAUUGGUAUGACCGGGACAUCGAUGCAAUAAAUGAACCCUAUCGCCCGAUUCCUUCUGGGGCCAUUUCUGAGAGCGAGGUUAUUUCUCAAAUAUGGGUGUUGCUUUUAGCAGGGCUUGGAUUGGCUGGUUUAUUAGACGUGUGGGCAGGGCACGACUUCCCUACACUUUUUUACCUCGCACUGGGUGGAUCUUUGCUCUCCUACAUUUACUCGGCUCCCCCACUGAAGCUCAAGCAAAACGGAUGGAUAGGGAAUUUCGCUCUAGGAGCAAGCUAUAUUAGUUUACCAUGGUGGGCUGGUCAGGCUUUAUUUGGGACCCUUACUCCCGACAUAAUUGUUCUGACCCUCCUCUACAGCAUCGCUGGGUUGGGUAUUGCCAUUGUAAACGAUUUUAAAAGCGUUGAAGGAGAUAGAGCAAUGGGACUUCAGUCCCUUCCCGUGGCUUUUGGGGCUGAAACUGCGAAAUGGAUCUGUGUUGGGGCUAUUGACAUAACUCAAAUUUCUGUUGCUGGUUAUCUGCUUGGAGCUGGUAAACCAUACUAUGCUUUAGCACUGCUAGCAUUGAUAAUUCCUCAAGUCGUUUUCCAGUUUCAGUACUUUCUGAAGGACCCUGUCAAGUACGAUGUAAAGUAUCAGGCAAGUGCCCAGCCAUUCCUCGUGCUUGGUUUGCUGGUGACUGCUUUGGCGACGAGCCACUAACUCAGGCAUGUGAAGAAGAUGAAACCGUGGUCAAAACAGCAGAAGGGUACAAUCCUGAGAAAACUUCGAGUAAGAGGAUCACCCUAGUUCGCGGAUUACCCAUUUUAAAACUGCAUGAAGGAUCCCCCCGUCCAAGGUUCAUGAAAAGAGGUUGGUAGAAGGCGGGCGGCCCCGUAGUCUUAUCCUCACCUUUCUUGUAUCUUUUUCAUAAGGAGAAAGCAAAAUACCGGAAAACAGAUGUAGGUGCAGUUUUUCUUGAUUUUACGUGCUUAUGUGCUAGGCCCGAUAUCCAUGGAGUUUAGCUGCUGGCAGGUCGUAUUUCCUUCGUGCUAAAUUGUCUUAUAUGUCAACAAAAGCAAAGACAAUGCUGAGGACAACCAAGUUGAACUUUGAUUAAAUUGGAAUAUUUGCCCUGAA